UUCGUUUCAAUGUAUAGUUUGAAGUUUUCGCUUCGUGUAGAUUAACGAUAAAAAAGAGAGCAAUCGAAACAUGGCUAACUUCACCUGCUCAGCCGAUGAUCUGAACCUUCUCGGUGGCUCAGCGGCCAAUAACGCCACCGUCACCUUCCUCUGUGGCCGCCUGGCCUCAAUCUCGGACCAGUUCAAGGCCACCAGCUAUGCGGUGGACAACACCUACCUCCUCUUCUCGGCCUACCUCGUGUUCGCCAUGCAGCUCGGGUUCGCCAUGCUGUGCGCGGGCUCGGUCCGGGCCAAGAACACCAUGAACAUCAUGCUCACCAACGUCCUGGAUGCGGCUGCGGGUGGCCUCUCCUAUUACCUCUUUGGCUAUGCUUUUGCCUUCGGUGAGCCCUCCAAUGGCUUCAUUGGCCGCCACUUCUUUGGCCUGAAAGACUACCCUGCGUCUACCGGCGACUACAGCCUCUUCCUCUACCAGUGGGCCUUUGCUAUAGCCAGCGCCGGGAUUACGAGCGGCUCCAUAGCUGAGAGGACCCAGUUCGUGGCUUAUCUUAUUUACUCCUCCUUCUUGACCGGGUUCGUCUACCCGGUGACCUCGCACUGGUUCUGGCCUGCCAGCGGAUGGGCCAGCCCGUUUAAGACCGAGGACCGCUUGUUUGGAUCUGGCGCGAUCGACUUUGCAGGAUCCGGGGUUGUGCACAUGGUUGGCGGCAUAGCUGGUCUGUGGGGAGCCCUCAUAGAAGGACCGCGUAUCGGCCGGUUCGAUCAUGCUGGCCGGACGGUGGCCCUGCGUGGCCACAGUGCGUCCCUCGUGGUGCUGGGCACGUUCAUGCUGUGGUUCGGGUGGUACGGGUUCAACCCGGGCUCAUUCCUCACAAUACUCAAAACCUACGGCACCUCACAAAGCUUCUAUGGCCAGUGGAGCGCGGUCGGGCGUACGGCCGUGACCACCACGUUAGCGGGGUCAACUGCCGCCCUGACCACCCUGUUCAGUAAGCGCCUUAUGUCAGGCCACUGGAGUGUCAUCGAUGUCUGCAAUGGCCUACUGGGGGGAUUCGCAGCCAUAACCUCGGGAUGCUCCGUGGUGGAGCCAUGGGCGGCGGUCGUCUGCGGGUUCGUGGCCGCGUGGGUCCUCAUCGGGUGUAACAAGCUCGCCGAGAAGCUGCACUUCGACGACCCACUGGAGGCGGCCCAGCUCCACGGCGGGUGCGGGGCCUGGGGCCUGAUAUUCACCGGGCUGUUUGCACGGGGGAGAUACGUGGACGAAGUGUAUGGGGCCCCGACCCAGAGGCCACACGGGCUGUUCAUGGGCGGCGGAGGGAAGCUGCUGGCGGCCCAAAUCAUACAGAUCCUGGUGAUAUUGGGGUGGGUCAGUGCAACAAUGGGCCCGCUCUUCUAUGGCCUUCACAAGCUGAAGCUGUUGAGGAUAUCAAGGGAUGAUGAGAUGGAAGGGAUGGACCUCACUAGGCAUGGUGGCUUUGCUUAUGCCUACCAGGACGAAGGUGGUGAUCACACAAUCUAUAACAAGGGUGCUAAGUCGAAUUUCAACAAGACCGCCGGAAGCAUCGAGCCGACUAGUCCAAGUCCACCUAAUGCAGGCAAUCUCCAGUCCGUCUAAUUAUAGAUGCUUGAAAGAUGCUCGUUUGGGUAAAAUACGUUGAUUUCUUACUUUUUUUUUUGAAAUCUUUUAUGUGCUCGAAUUUGUAUAAUUUGUGCUGUAAGGGUGUGAUGUAAACUUAGAAUCCGACAAUAUAUUUGCCAGCCGUUUAAUUUCAUUUUGUGUUCCA